GCAGAAGAUCUCCAAUAAGCAGGACCGCAAAAAGACAUCAAACAACAAGUAUUAAACGGAAUCCUCCAACAACGCAGUUAUGACGUCUGCCGAAUUACAUAAAGCUGCAGUCUUGACGUCUCCGCAGGUCCCUGACGCGAAACCCACAUUCUCAGUCCAAGAUGUACCCCGUCCAAUCCCUGGUCCCAACGAAGUGCUCGUACGUCUCUCCGUGACCGGCCUCUGUGGAUCUGACUACGGCAUGGCCUUGGGUCAUAUGGGGCCCGUUGGCAAUAUCCUAGGACACGAGGGUGUCGGUCGUAUCGUUACCCUUGGCUCUAACGUCUCCGCCCUCGACCCAUCUGUCCAAGUUGGCCAGCGAGUUGGCGUGGCUUGGACCCGAGAUAUUUGUGGCAAUUGUGACUUCUGUGUGGACCUGGCCCACGAGGGAGAAACACGAUGUGCAGAGGCGCUUCACUCCGGUAAAGCAUACGAUGGCACCUUUGCCGAGUACACGCUGGUGCCGCUCAGAUAUUUAGCCCGCAUUCCCCCGAGUUUUGAUGAGUUGCCGGACGAGGAAAUUGCCCCGAUCCUAUGCGGCGGCGUUACCGCGUACAAGGCGCUCAAGGGGUGCCAUCUGACUCCUGGACAAUGGGUCGUUGUUUCUGGUGCAGGCGGUGGAGUUGGGGCGUUUGCCGUUUCUUUUGGCCAUGCUAUGGGAUAUCGCGUUAUAGCAGUGGAUGCUGGUGAGGCCAAAGCAGCCUACUGCAAGUCACAGGGUGCAGAGCACUACAUCGAUGUCACUCAAGGCGAGGACGCGGGUAAACAGGUGAAGGAACUGACUGGAGGACAUGGUGCCAAGGCUGUAGUAGUCACUGCUACCGCAUCAGCAGCCUACCAAAAGGCCAUCGAUAUGCUCGGUCCUUUUGGAACACUGAUGUGCAUCUCUAUUCUCCCAGAAGAUGCCAAGGUGAACUUUCACCCGCUUUGGAUGAUUGACAAUGGAUGGAAGAUCGUUGGUUCGUCCGUGGGCACAAGGACUGACAUUCUAGAGGCUCUGGAGUUUGUCAAGCGGCGGGUUGUCAUUCCCAAGAUCAUCUGGGCUAGGCUCGAUGAUUUGGAAGGGCUGAUGGAAAAAAUGGCCCUUGGUCAGCUUCAAGGGAAGUACAUCAUGAAAUUAGAUGGCGCUAAAUAG